ACAACGGCUGCAAACCCGAAGCGGAGAAAUACAGGAAGCGAGCCAAAUCUGUGCAGUGUUUCCUCCACCAUCGUCCAGAGCUCCCCAGGUGGAGGUCAGCUCCUCGUUGUACCUGCGCGCAGACUUUGGUUCAGUUUGCUGAGCUGCCGUAAAGUCUCGUAGCGGUGCAGUUUCUGCUCGCUCCAGCCUGCCCUCCUUCCCUCGUCUCAGGACGAGGACCUGGACUUUGCUGCAGGCCGCGCUGCAAGUUCAACUUUGCUGAGAUUGUGUCCAAAGGUUCUCCGGCGUAAAGUUCGCUGCUGAAACGCUGCUUUCAAACCAAUGGCUUCUGCAUGGCAAACCCUCCUGUCUGUGCACCACAGGAUUGUGGACAAUGGAGACAAGAGGACGGACCCGUGGCUGCUGGUCUACUCCCCCGUCCCGGUGUCACUCAUCUUCCUGGUUUACCUCUGUGUGGUCUGGGUCGGCCCCCGUCUGAUGAAACACAGACAGCCCGUUGACCUCAGAGUUGUUCUCAUUGUUUACAACUUUGCCAUGGUCGGCCUGUCUGCCUACAUGUUCCACGAGUUCCUGGUCACAUCCUGGCUCUCAAACUACAGCUACCUCUGCCAGCCUGUAGAUUACAGCAGCAGCCCGCUGGCGAUGAGGAUGGCCAAAGUCUGCUGGUGGUUUUUCUUCUCCAAGGUCAUAGAGCUCAGCGACACGCUGUUCUUCAUCCUGAGGAAGAAGAGCAACCAGGUGACUUUCCUUCAUGUUUACCACCACGGCACCAUGAUCUUCAACUGGUGGGCGGGAGUCAAGUAUGUGGCCGGUGGACAGUCGUUCUUCAUUGGCCUGGUCAACACCUUCGUCCACAUCGUGAUGUAUUCUUACUACGGGCUGGCUGCCAUCGGCCCUCACAUGCAGAAGUACCUGUGGUGGAAGAGAUACCUCACGUCCCUGCAGCUGCUGCAGUUUCUGCUGUUCCUCCUGCACACAGGCUACAACCUGUUCACAGAGUGCGACUUCCCCGACUCCAUGAACGUGGUGGUGUUUGGCUACUGUGUCACCCUCAUCAUCCUCUUCAGUAACUUCUAUUAUCAGAGCUACCUCAACAAGAAGAAGCAGAAGUAGGAGUCUCCUGUGCCUGCAGUACUCACCAGCCACCACUAGAGGGAACAACAUGCCCACAAACUCAAAUAGUUUACACACAUAAAUAACUAAUAUGACCAAUUUCAGUAUUUUGAGUUGUCAAAGAGACACUGUCUGAUCAUUCCAUUAUUUAUUUCUUAAAUUGAGAAAUGACAAACAUUCAAAUGAUUGUUGUAAACAAACUGUACAUUUUAUACAUAUAAUAAUAAUAAUUAGGUAAGUAGGUUGGUUUCUCUGCAUUAUUGCAGAAUUAAUGAGUUCAAACCCUCCUCCAGAAAUAAAUCCAAAAAGAAAUAAAACACUUAACAAAAUACUGAAAUGCAAACAUUUUACCCACUGUUAAAACAAACACAGCAAAAUGAUAUAAUCGUUUCUACACUUCAGUCUAAAACAGAUUGAAAGAUGCAGAUUAGAGAGAGAAAACACAAAGAGGAGGGAGAUUACUGUUCACUUCUGUUCAGGAGUUUUGUAGUUUGUGAAGUUUAUAUAUGAAGACUGGACUAUCAGCAUGUGUAAGCUUGCUCUGAUUGUAAAUGAAGUGUCUUAGCACCAGUGAGUCAGAUUCUUUGCACAUGAUGAGUUCUUGGCCAAAAAAUGUUAUUCUGAACCCGAGAAAUAAAGCGUAUGGAUGUUGAAACAACA